AAAGAAAAUGUAAUUACCGUUCCCCAUUCACCCCCAUGCCCAUGCCAUUGGCAUUUGUUCAACUUUUGAUUUUACGUGGAAAUGAAGUUUUGUGCGAAAAGGGAAGUCACUCUUAACACUGCUUAGUCUGUGAACUCUGGUCAGAAAUCAACGACAAAAAUACCACAUUCAAAGUUACAGACUACCAGAGUAUUGAAAUCCACAUAUUUCUGUUUUAAAACUAAAAGAAAGUAUCAGGGAGAAAAUUUUAAAUUCUUUUAUGGCUUGCGCUAGGGAUCCGAACUCGUAUUCUGAGUUCGAUAAAUGCAUUGUUACUUUUCUUGACUGGAAUGUGAGAAUAAACUUUGAUGACCACACAAUCGGUGGUUUCGCCCAUUUAACAGUGGAGAAGAAAGUUGAAAAUCCAGAUAACUUGGUAAGUCCUGGUAAGCAUAUAAUAACACUAAUUUGAGUAAAUUAGAUAAAUACUGUGUAGUCGUUAUAGGCUUUACAAUAUCUAUAGAUACUAUAGUCAGUUCUUCUUCUUCUAUAAUAUUAAGUCCCCCCCCCCAUCAAUCAUAUCAUUCUCAGUUUUCUGGCUCCUAUGUAACAUGUAUGUAAACGUAGAGGGGAUUUGCAAUGUUUCUGUGACUGGUGUCAAAGAUAAUAUUUCACUGGUUAUAGACUGAUUCAAUAUUAGGGGCAGGAGCCUUUACUUAGCAGUGACAUUGACAUAGCUACAAGAUUUUAGCCCCUCCCUUCCAGCUGGCCAAAAAUGCCCCCCCCCCCCCCACACACUUUUUCAUACAUACACCAUUGAUGCUUAGGCAUACAAUUUCUCAAACUACAAUAACACACUGAACUGAGAAUGAUUUCCUUUUUUUAAAAAAAGCUUUGCAGAUUUGGGCCAUCCAUAAAUUAUUUCACGCAAAUUUUGCAGCAAUUUGCCCCCCCCCCCUUCGUCACAACAAGUAAGACCCCCCUGGAAUAUAACGUCACAAAAAUCUGCACGUAAGCGGAGGAGCUAAGCUUUCAAAGGGGUGAAUAGACAGAGAGAAGUUCGGUUAGAUAGGAAGUAGGAAUUUGAGAAAAAGUUGUGGCAGAGAACAGAGACUUUUUGGUCAAUCUGUGCUUGCACAGGGAGCCAAUGAAUUAGUGGUGUGAUGUGAUCACGUUUUAUUGCCUUUAGAAUUAGCCUAGCAGCUGAGCUUUGAACUUUUUGUAAUUUUUCUAAGAACUGUUUUGGUGAACCUGACAGAAGAGAGUUGCAAUAGUCAAGACGAGAGAGAACAAGAUCAUAGAUUAGGGUUAUGCGUCAAUCUAGUUUUGUAUCAUUCUUUAUUUACAUAAUGUAGAAUUCUAGUAGUAACCAUUUGUUGUUUACUAUAUUAUCAAACACAUGUAUCAAGAAAAUAUUGUGAUAAUAUAAUGAAAAAUGGAUCAGUUAGAACAUUAACAAUGUAAAUGAAAAUAAUAUUAUUAGCAGCUAAUAAUUUGGACAUAUAUUUUUAUUAAUAUUACAUUAAGAUAAUUUUUUUUUUUUAAUUUCAGGUGCUUGACAUUAGGGACAUAACAAUAGAACAAGUAACUUUGAAAGAAACUGCAGCAUCUUUGGAGUUUGAAGUCACCAACCCAUCAAACUUUAGUUUUGGGUCUAAACUUUCCAUUAAACUUGGCAGCAUUCCAGGAAAGAGGUACUUAGCAAGUUAACCAGGCAAAAAAAAUGUAUAUGCUUAGCUCUAGGCUACCCUCAUAUAUUGAUUUUACUUUUAAAUUUUAGCUUCAAAAGCCAGAAGAAGGGUAUGCUUGAGUAUGAAAUUAUUCCAAUACUAUUUCAGGGUUUAAAAAAGGGGCCAUCCAUAAAUGACAGGGGCACUUAUUUGUGAUGAUGUGAAAAAAAAGUGUUAACUUUUUUACAAUUUUGUUGAUAUUUGGGGAGGAGGCUUGUCAAAAUCAGCCAAAAUAGUAUGACAUUAUUUAUGGGUGGCCUGUAAAGACUUAUAAUUUUUUUAAAUUAAAAAGUUUUGUGACAUUUUUGCAUCAAGGUAGCUGGUUUAAAGUUAUUUUAACCUCUUUUUUAACCUGAAAAAUAUCAUUUUGAACUGACCAAUAUUUAUGCACAGCUUCACAGUGAGUAUAAAAUAUGUCACAUCCACUGAAGCCUCAGCACUACAAUGGAUGACAAAAGAGAAAACAAAAGGCAAAAGACAACCAUACCUUUACAGCCAGUGUCAAGUAAGUAAUAUAACAAGGAUUUUAAUUCUUUUUUUUUGUGCUUUUUUUUUUGCUUUUCCUUUUUUAAAUAGUAAGCCUAAUUAAAAUCUGUAUUCAUUUCGUUAAUUAGAAACAGAACCCUUGCAAUAUAUGACAAAUGUUUUAAAUAAAAAGUUUCACUAUUUUUGUGUUCUACUUCAAAUACAUGCUAGGCUAUCCAUGCCAGAAGUUUGCUCCCAUGUCAAGACACACCAUCCGUCAAAUUUCCAUAUUCUGCAAAGGUAUGCAUUUUAUUUUUUUGCUGAUUAUUGCUGAAAUCAUCUUCAAAUUAUGAAUUGCUUCAUUUUUUUUUCAAAUGAAAUUUUAAGCAAAAAAAUACUCAUUGACUUCCUAUUAAAUGAAUUUUUAAGCAAAAUAUACUUAUUGACUUCUUUUUAAAAGAUUUUAUAAGCACAAAAUACUCAUUGCCUUGUUUUCAAAUGAACUUUUAGGUAAAAAAAUACUCAUUGAAUUGUUUUCAAAUGAACUUUUAAGUAAAAAAAAUACUCAUUGAAUUGUUUUCAAAUGAACUUUUAAGUACAAAAUACUCAUUAUCUUGUUUUUAUAUCAUCAAGACCUUGGAAGAAUUUUAUUUAAAUAAUUGUAAAUAUUGUAUUGCAAAUGGUCAGGUCCAAGCAGUAAAGGAAAUCACUGUUCUAAUGAGUGCAGAAAGACUAGGCACAGAACCAGCAGCUGAUAGCCCUAAUGAAGUUGUGACUAAGUUUUCCCAGAAAGUUCCCAUCCCAAGCUAUCUUAUUGCCAUUGUGGCUGGAGAUAUUGAAAGCAGGUUAGGCCUUAUUCAUAUUUUGCUCCUGCUAUAUCACAUUCAGGGUUUUUGAGUUGGAAAUUGUUAAAAAUAUUGUUCCUUUAAAAUUUUAAGAAUAAAUGUAUCUCCUUUUUUAAGAAGUGAAUUUAUUUCUUUUAGGAUAUUAAAGCAUGAAAGCUUUUUUUAUCUACACUGAAAUAUAUAAUAACCUAUAUAGAGAGUUCUUUACAGAAUUACAGAUAAGUUUUAAAUUUUCAAAUGUAUUAUUUUAGGCAGAUUGGCCCAAGAACAAGGGUGUGGUCUGAAAAAGAAAUGGUUGAUGAAGCAGCAUAUGAGUUUGCAGAGGUUGUAAAAUAAGUAUUAUAAUCUUUAAUAGUUUAAUAUAGGGUUUGAUAAAUAGUUGGAUAAAUAAAAUGUCUUGGUGCGGUUUGUGAUUUUAUUUUAUUAACUGUAAAUCUAACAUAACUUUUCUGGAAAGAGAUUAUGAAACCUUUUUUGAAAGCAACAUGUCACAUCUUGUGAUCUUUUUAACUAGACUGAGACCAUGCUAAAAACAGCUGAAGGGAUUGCUGGGCCUUACCUCUGGGGAAUUUAUGAUCUGCUUGUGUUGCCACCAACUUUUCCUUUUGGUGGGAUGGAGAACCCAUGCCUAACAUUUGUAACACCUACAGUGCUGGUAAAUUAUUUCUUUGAAGAAAUCUUAAUCAGGCAUAAUUAAAAAUAAAUGGUGGUCCAUUUUUUUUUUUUUCAUUGUCAUCUACAGAGGAAAGCAUUAUGUACUAAUUUUUCUCAAAUUAUCAAAAAGUUUACUAGGUAAAGUGACAUAUGGGAAAUAAUGGAUAUUUCGUUAAAUAUAACUGCUAAAACUUAAGUAUAUACUAAUGUUAAGACAAAAAGUUGCCCGAGGUGUUAUAUAUUUAGACCUAAAAUGUACCUGCGUGUUUCUUGGUACAUGUACUGCUUUUAAUUUGAUAUUACAUUAUUUUUUUAAAAGAAUUAUGUAAAAGUUAUUAAAAGUGAUGUACUGUGAUGUACUGUGAUGUACUGUGAUGUACUGUGAUGUACUGUGAUGUACUGUGAUGUACUGUGAUGUACUGUGAUGUACUGUGAUGUACUGUGAUGUACUGUGAUGUACUGUGAUGUACUGUGAUGUACUGUGAUGUACUGUGAUGUACUGUGAUGUACUGUGAUGUACUGUGAUGUACUGUGAUGUACUGUGAUGUACUGUAUACUUUCUGUAGACAUUCAUCUAUUGGCAAUGCAGUGUGCAAACCAAAAAUUCCUCGGUUCAGACAAGUUAAUUUAUUUCUACAAUCUUCCCCUCAGGCUGGUGACAGAUCUCUUGCUGAUGUCAUUGCUCAUGAAAUUUCUCACAGUUGGACAGGAAAUCUUGUAACAAACAGAACUUUUGAAGACUUCUGGUUGGUCAAAUGUCUUGGUCAAGUCAUGCACAUAUCACAAGAAUCAUCAUUCAGCUUUUUCUUAAAGAAACCUAAUGGAACUUUAUCAAAAAAAUAUUGAUUUAGUAAUUAUAGUGUUAACAAAUUAAUGGGUUCAUAAAUUAAGUAUGUAAAUUUAAUAAAAAGUGUUGUUGAACUGUUCAUACGUAAUACAAAUGUAUUAUUAGAUUUGUUUUAGUAACAAAAUAAGACCAAAAUGAAGAAGAUUUAAAGGUGAUAAAUUCUUACCCUGGUCAUGUGGUCAAAGUCUCCACUGACGGCUCAAUGCUCUGCCAGUGAAAACAGAAGCCACUCAGUCAGUUCCCAGGAGAGGUGACCUCCAUCAGAGGAGAUAUCAUAGCCCAGUGGGAAACAGAGAACCAACUUUGAUACAGAACUGGAAGCAAUGCUGGUUACCCUUAAAAGCGUGCGCCAACACCUAACGAAAAGGAAAAGUUUCCCCAGACACUGUGGUUCUCACCGACUCAUGCUUUGCUCUUGAAAGCCUGGAAAGGGGCUCAAUGGAGGCUACAGUAAUGAAUGCCAUUUUGGAAACAGUAGAUAGCAACUAUGUUGAGAUGGAAAGAUUUUCCUGAAGUACAUCCCUUGUCAUGUUGAGGUGAUUGCAGCAUGACCUUGAGCGGGAGGUUCUGACUAUCCCCAACUUUAUAAGCCUAUGACUCAGCUGGGAGUCAAAGUUUGGCCAAAAGACCAUUUCCACAAGGUGUGGCUCAAAGGCUGGGCAGCAGCUAACACAGGAUUAACAGCUGUACCAGAAUAUGCCGCAGUGGAAACUAAAACAUAACGAAGAGAGUUUAGCGCUGCAAAUGAGAAUGAAACACUGCCAGCAUGCAGCUACCUAAACCGACUAGACUCAUGUUUGGGCCUGAACUGCCGAAACAGUGAACCACCUGUUGGUCGGCUGCCCCAAAAACAGUGAUGGCAUUGGAGGUUUGAAUACAGAAACCUUUGUUAAUGACUUCAUUUACGGUGCUGCCUGGUCUAAAAAGUGUAAGAUUCCCCCAACAAGAGAAUGUCAUAGAUUUAGUAAAAAAUAACAUAACAUUGAGAAGUAAUUGGGGUUUUUCUUGUGGGGGGGGGAGGGGGGGGCAUUCUUUUUCUAGUCUUUUUCUUAAAAAACUUUAAUUAUGCUCAGGUUGUUAAAAUCACCUGACUUCAUGUUCUUAUUACAAUCACCUGACUUAAUGUUCUUGUUACAAUCACCUGACUUCAUGUUCUUGUUACAAUAACCUGACUUCAUGUUCUUGUUACAAUCACCUGACUUCAUGUUCUUGUUACAAUCGCCUGACUUCAUGUUCUUGUUACAAUCACCUGACUUCAUGUUCUUGUUACAAUCACCUGACUUCAUGUUCUUGUUACAAUAACCUGACUUCAUGUUCUUUUACAAUCACCUGACUUCAUGUUCUUGUUACAAUCGCCUGACUUCAUGUUCUUGCUACAAUCGCCUGACUUCAUGUUCUUGCUACAAUCGCCUGAAUUCAUGUUUUUGCUACAAUCGCCUGAAUUCAUGUUCUUGUUACAAUCGCCCGACUUCAUGUUCUUGUUACAAUCGCCUGACUUCAUGUUCUUGUUACAAUCACCCGACUUCAUGUUCUUGUUACAAUCGCCUGACUUCAUGUUCUUGUUACAAUCACCUGAUUUCAUGUUCUUUUUACAAUCACCUGACUUCAUGUUCUUGUUGCAUUUACCUGUCCUUAUGUUCUUAACUACAAACAUGUAUUAAAAUUUACUAUAUUAACCUUUUCUGUUACCACUUGAAUAGGCUCAAUGAGGGACACACAAUGUUUCUGGAAAGAAAAAUCUUGGGAAGGAUGCAUGGAGAAUCACUUAGUCAACUACAUGCUCAUGAAGGAUGGAAUAACUUGAAAGAUACAGUAAGUUAAACACAUUUUUUUGGCCUUUAAGCAAUUUUUAUUUUGUGGGACGGAACUCAAUUAUUUUUGUACAGUGUUAAAGUUUGAUUGAGAAAGCAAAUAUUGCUAUCAAAGAAACAAGUCUGUAAUUGUUUACUUCUUUCUAUAUCUCUAUACCUGGGGGUUUCAUGUUUCAAUCCAACAUUUGGUGAAGAUUUAGUCUUAUUGAUCAACCCUGCAGAAUGUCCAUUGUUUUAGGUAGCUGACCUGACUCGCAGAGGCCAUGCACCAUUUACAAGGCUGGUCCCUGAUCUGAGAGGGAUCGAUCCCGACGAUGCCUUUUCUCUUGUGCCUUAUGAGAAAGGAUUUUCUCUUCUUUACCAUUUGGAGACAUUGCUUGGAGGUCCAAGUAAGUAUUUGUUUGUAUAGCCUUUGUGUCACUGCAAGAAAUAUUUUAAAAAAUCAGACAUGAGGAAUGAUGGUAUUUUUUAUUAUGGUGUCAUCAUAACAAGUUAUGAAACCAUUAAUUUCUUUCAUUUUAUGCUCAUCUUUUUGCUUUUCUUUGUAUGUUAUGAAACUUUGAACAAGUGAAUUGUUUGUUGAGCUUUGUGUUGGCUUGGCAUUGCCCAUAAUUGUUUCAAGCUCUCUUCAUAUUUUAAUAUUAAUAUUUUCAUAUUUUAAUUUUCUAUUUCUAGAGGUAUUUGAAACAUUCCUCAGAGCUUACAUUGAGAAGUUCAAGUAUCAAUCCAUUGGAACCCAGGACUGGAAGGAUUUCUUGUACCAAUACUUUGCUUCAGAGGUAAAAUGUAAAUAAUCUCACUGUGGCUGAAUAUGUUUUUCAUGGCAGGUGGGAACAAAAUUUGUCUUCAUUUGGGCAUGAUCAGACUCUUUUUUUUUUAAAGUGAACAUAAUCUGAUUUAGGCACUUGUUAGGGACUUGAGUGUAUAGUGUGAUUGCGUGUUGGUUUGAGAUUAUGUGUGUUGUUUUAUUCAUUAUUCUUGGUAUCUUGUGACGUAUUGUGUGGAAAAGGAUAUGACAUAGAGUAGUUAGUGGUGUUGGGGUUGUUGUGAGAAAUGGCAGUUGAAGCUGUAACUUAUUUGUGUAAUAAAGAUAUUUAAAAUGACAAUAAUGGUUGGUGAAGUAUAUGUUAUUUAAGCGCCCCUAGACAACGAAGCCAACGAACCUAUUAAGUAAGAAUAGGUUUGUAACACACUAUUUGUAACUGUUAGGAAGAGAGUAUUUGUCUUAUAAUUAUCUCUUCCUAACAAUAACAAAUGGUACAUAAAUCAGAUACAUAAAUCAGAUUAUGUUAAAUGUGUAAAAAAAAAAGUAACUGAUACAAUACCCAAAUAUCCAAAUCAUUUACAAAAUUUCUUUUAAUAUUGAAGACGUAUAUUCUGGACUAAUAUCUCUUAGUUUAUAGUUUAUACUUUGAAUAUUAAUGACUCAACAAUAUCAUCACCUUAUCAAUAUUAUUGUAUCAAAAAUAUCAUCUUAUCAAUAUUACUGUAUCAUUAGAGUCUCAUCGGUAUUUUUGUACUCAUCAUUGCAGGAAGAUCAGAAAAAGUUGAACUCUGUAGACUGGGAUGCUUGGCUCAAUGGUCAAGGUUUACCUCCCUACAACCCUAAGUAUGCAUUACGUGACUUAACCCCAGAAAUACUUUUAUAAGAACAAAUGAUCCUAUAAACAUCAAACACUUAUCUGUAGGAGGAUGGUAUGCAAAGUGUAUUUGUUGAGCCUUCUCGUCCAUGAGGGGCAUCCACCGAUCAUCGUCGGCGUCUGCGGUUCCUCCAAGGGCAUAGGCCACCUACGAGAGACCUCCAGGCAUCUCUAUCCUGGGCCAGCUUCUCCAGGAUCUUCCAUUCAUGGCCAAUUUUCUUGAUGUCUGUCUCCAAUUCUCGGCGCCAAGUGUUUCUUGGACGGCCUCUUUUCCGCUUACCCUGUGGGUUCCAUUUCAGGGCUUGCUUUGUUGUGUUAGAAGCAGGUUUUCUUAGUGUAUGACCAAUCCACCUCCACCGCUUCUGGAGAAUCUCUUCCUCAAUGGGUUUCUGUUUUGUCCGCUGCCACAGUUCCUGGUUGCUGAUUUUGUCUGGCCAGUGAAUUCUGAGAAUCCUUCUUAGACAGUUGUUGAUGAAGGACUGGAUUCUGGUCAGGUUUACGGCCGUUGUUCUCCAUGUCUCGGCUCCAUAUAGCAGCACAGGUUUUACCAUAGCGUUAAAAAUCCUUACUUUUAACUUGCUGCCUAAGUUGUUAGAGACCCAAACAUUCUUGAGUUGUUGGAAGGCUGCUCUUGCUUUUCCUAUCCUUAUUUUGACGUCCGCAUCUGUACCACCUUGUUUAUCUACCAUGCUGCCAAGGUAAACAAAACUGUCCACCUCCUCAAGGGCUUCUCCUUCAAGCAUAAUGGGUGAUGUACUGGUGGCAUUAACCUUGAGGAUUUUACUCUUCCCUUUGUGAAUGUUGAGACCCAUGCUAGCAGAAGUGGCUGCGACAAUGUUUGUUUUCUCCUGCAUCUGUUGUUGGGUAUGUGCAAGAAGUGCAAGAUCAUCAGCAAAGUCAAGAUCAUCCAGUUGAUCCCACAAGGUCCAUUGGAUGCCAUUUCUUUUCUGCUGUGUAGAUGUUUUCAUCACCCAGUCAAUGGCUAACAGGAAGAGGAAUGGUGACAGCAAGCAACCUUGUCUCACACCAGUCUUCACCUGGAAAGCAUCUGUCAACUGCUGGCCAUGGAUAACUCGGCAGUUUAUCCCUUCGUACAUGUUUCUGAUUAUAUCAGUAAUCUUCUGUGGCACCCCGUAAUGCCUUAGCAAUCUCCACAGGGUUUGCCUGUCAACACUGUCGAAGGCUUUUUCAUAGUCAACAAAGUUGACAUAGAGCGGCGAGUUCCACUCUAGUGACUGCUCUAGAAUGAUGCGCAGUGUCGCUAUCUGGUCCGUGCAGGAUCUGUUGGUGCGAAAGCCGGCUUGUUCGUCCCGCAACAGAGGGUCUACAGCGUUUUUCAUCCUGUUAAGUAGUACACGGUUGAAAACCUUUCCUGGGAUGGACAGCAGGGUGAUCCCUCUGUAGUUCGAGCAGGAGCUUAAGUCUCCCUUCUUUGGGAUCUUGAUAAGGUAUCCCUCUUUCCAAUCGGAAGGAACUUGCUCCUCUUCCCAUAUCUUCAUAAACAGAGGGUGUAGCAUUUCCACACUGGUUUCCAGGUCCGCCUUCAGUGCCUCUGCUGGGAUGCCAUCAGGUCCCGCAGCCUUUCCAUUUCUGAGUUGUUUAAUGGCCCUGCUAAUCUCUUCUUUGGUGGGACUAUUACAGUCAAUUAGCAGGUCAUUAUCGGCUGGUUGGAUAUCUGGUGGAUUUCUUGGUUCAGGCCUGUUCAGGAGCUCUUCAAAGUGUUCCUUCCAUCUCCCUCUCUGUUGCUCCUCACUUGGUAUGGUGUUUCCCAUUUUGUCCUUCACUGGUCUCUCUACCUUGCUAAAUUUCCCUGACAGCGUCUUAAUGGUAUCAAACAGUUCCCUCAUGUUCCCCUGGUGAGCUGCAUCCUCUGCUUCUUUAGCAAGUUUAUCAACAAAUUCCUUCUUGUCCCUCUUGAUGCUUUUCUUAACUUCCUUAUUUGCAUCUGCAUACUCCUUCUGGGACUUGUUUUUCUGUGCUCGGGUGCGGCUGUUAUUCACUUCUGAUUUCUUUCUUUUCCUUUCUUCUAUUUUAUUCAGCGUACCUGCUGUCAUCCAUUCUUUGUGUGCCUUUUUCCUGUUUCCUAGCACUUCUUGACAUGUUGACUGGACUGUUUCUUUCAUGCUUUGCCACUUUCCUUCGGUGGUUUCAUCUUCAAGUAUUUCUUGUAGGACUUGGAACUUAUUGAAUAGUGAGAUUCUGAAUUCUUCCUUUUUGGCUUGGUCCUUCAGGAGGGAGGUAUUAUACCGAGUCCUGUAUGCUGUUUGCUCGGUAUAAUGUCUCUUUAGUUUUAAUUUCAUCCUGGCCACAAGAAGAUGAUGAUCUGAGGCAAUAUCAGCUCCCCUCUUAACACGUACGUCUUGGAGAGAUCGCCUGAAUUUUUUACAAAUACAUACAUGGUCUAUUUGGUUCAUCGUUCUCAUGUCCGGAGAGACCCAUGUAGCUUUGUGAAUCCUCUUGUGCUGGAAAAUGCUCCCCCCUAUGACCAGGUCAGCUGUGGCACAUAGGUCCGCAAACCUCUCACCAUUGUCGUUCAUCUCGCCUAUCCCUUGCUGUCCCAUAACCUCUUCGUACCCUGUGUUGCUAUUGCCGAUCUUGGCAUUAAAGUCUCCCAUGAGGAUGACGAUGUUCCUCCGUGGGCGAUCCUGGACUAUGGUCAUUACUCUAUUGUAGAAUUCUUCUUUGUCUCCUUCAUCACUUUCAUUAGUUGGUGCGUAGCAUUGUAUAACAUCUAGGUUGAUGCUACGUUUCUUUGUUCGAAAGGUUGCUAAAAGAAUUCUAGGUCCAUGGGCCUCCCAUCCAAUGAGUGCUCCUUGUGCUGCCCUUGAUAGCAUCAUAGCAACACCCAGGGUAUGUGGGGCAUUGUCUUCUUCGUGUCCCGAAAAUAUCACCAUCUCUCCUGAGAUUAAUCUCUUCUGUCCCCAUCCAGUCCAUCUUGCUUCACUAAUUCCGAGAAUGGUGAGCUUAUAGCUCCUCAUCUCAGCGGCUAUUUGUGCCGCUUUACCAGCCUCGUACAUGGUGCGGACAUUCCAAGCGCCAAUGACGGUGGUAGUCCUGGUAGAGAUGAUGGUUGUCGGCUUAAUAGCUUCCAGGUUUCGGCUUUCACUAUUAGGCGUCAUAUUUUCCUCCUCAAGGAAUCCAUCCUCUCCCAGGACUGAAAUGUCUUUUGUUACUCUUUUCGGUGCUUUUGUAACUAUGAUUUUUUACAUGGCAGGGUUGUUGGCCUUGCGCACAACCACUUGGGGGGUUGCCCCUCACAGCUCAAUGGGUAGCUGCCUUUGUUCGGGUUAGGUCCCUAGCCUUUGUGGAUCCCUCCACUUCCUACAAGGCAGUAGGGCUGAUUUUGGUCCGCCCCGGGUAUUUUAUUUCCCCGGUACCCUCCAUAUCUGGCGGGCUUUCCCCUAUCCGCCGGCUGGGGAGGCGCUCGAUAGAAGAUCAGCAUCUCCCACGAGGAAGUGUAUUUAGGAGGAUGGUAUGCAAAAUGUAUGUAGGAGGAUGGUAUGCAAAGUGUAUGCGAGUUGACCAGCUAGCAGACGUAUUUUAAAAUAGACAAGAUUUAUUUUGUGCUUUACCAGCCUGAUUGUUGUGUGCAUCGUCCCCAGGUACGACACGAGUCUUGCUGACCCUGUCAAGGCCUUAAGUCAACGAUGGAUUGAAGCAUCAGAUGAGCAGCUAGACGCUUUCAGCCCAGAGGAUAUCAACAACAUUUCAAGUGAACUUAUCAAGGAGUUCAUUUCUCUGCUCUUUUUAGCAAAUGUUUGUAUUUCUUUCUAUACUUAAUUCUGGCAUGUAUCCAUGUAGUCAUGGCAGUGGCUGAAUGUGUAGUCUAUCUGUCUUUUUAAUCUUGACACAUGGGAUGGGAUGGAUGGGACUCGUUAACCUUGGAUGGCAACUCAUCUAAUAGAAGGCAAACUCUAAAAUCAAACUCCUGGCGAUGGAGUCCCAUAGGCUGUAUGACACUGGCACAAUGAACAUUCCGACAACUCCUGCAACAUAGAAUGCAUAAUGAAUAAAGUGAAACACAAGACAUACUGCUGGUCAUCUACUGCAUCCUGGUCUAUUUCUAGUCAUCUGGACUAAGUCUUGCCAUUGGAUCAAAUGGGCAAGGAUGGGAGAGCGAGGCUGAUGAAUUGAGCAACUCUCCCUCACUUUAAUCAAAAUACAGCUCAAGUCAAGGCUACUACUCCAGCCUUUGUCACAUUCACGUUCAAAGUACAAACAACACAUCUGGUCACUGUGUAGUCUUUUUGUCUUGUUAAUCUUGACACAUCUGGCUAGUGUUUAGUCAUUUUGUUUUCUUCUUUAUGUAUGUUAUUUCUAAUAACAAAGAAAGUCUUGCGUGAAAUAUCUGUAAAUAAGAUAAAGAUUUAAUGUAAUUCCUUGCGGUAAUUGUGAAAAAGUAAAUAACAUGGGAACAUGUUUGCAGCUAAGUAAUGAAACAAAGAUUUAAGACAGUCCGUGAGUGAUUUUAUUUGUCGUGUUGUUUUCUUCCUAGCCGCCCAUUUCUUUAGCCAAAGUUCAGCAUCUGGAGAAAGUUUACAACUUGAAUCAAAUUAGAAACUCUGAAAUUAGAUUCAAGUAAGUGCAGUUUGUUUUGUCCUCUGAUGAAAUUAUUGAAUGUUUAACACUUAGUAACAGUCUUUUACAAGAAAAUUUUUAACACUUGCCUAUUGCAUCAGCUAUUGUGUAUCCACUGCGUUCCACCACCUCAAACUGAAAUUUCAUCUGGCCGUUGAUAAAAAUUAUAAAUUAUUUAACCUUGUUUGGGUAAUUUAUUAAAGCUUCAAAAAUGGUAAUAAAACAGAUAAGUGGUCAUAUGCAUCUCAUAUUUAAGCCUAUAAUAACGGUGACUUCAUACCUUUAUUCUACCUAAAGGUGGCAGAGAUUGUGCAUCAAAGUUAGAUGGGAGGAGUCCAUACCUCUUGUUAUUCAGUUCUUGAAUGAGCAGGGAAGAAUGAAGUUUGUAAGACCAUUAUACAGGUUAGUUUGUCAUUACUACACCAUUGACUCAUACUUGUAAGGUUGUGCUUUAUACAACAAAUAGACCAUGCUAAUCAUAAGAAAUCUUUAUAAUUGGUAUUUACUAAACCUGAUAUAUUGUAAAAAAAACACACACACACAAAAUUGCUUUACCUUAUAGCUGCAUUCUUAUCUCUCUAUGUAAAAAAAAAAAUUCUGUUUUCAACAUGAAAUUUUGUACCCAAACUGUUGACAAUAAGUUUUAUAAAUAAACAUUAGUGUCAGGACCCAAACUUCAUUAAGAGUCAUACAAGACUAAGGUCUACAAAAAUAAAGACAUUUUUUAAAUUCAUUCUUGCAUUUAGGGAUCUUGGUGAAUGGGAUGUGGCAAGACCAAAAGCCAUAGCAAACUUCAUGGCUCAUCGACAGGAGAUGCACAACACCACAGAACAGCUUGUUGCCAAAGAUCUAAAUUUGGAGUAAUUAUUGUUUCUGAAACAACUGUAAACCAUUGUUUCCCUUUUUUUGUAUGUUAAUCUAGCUAUUAAAUGAAUCAAAUAUUUGUAUUUUCUGAAGUCUCCUUUUUCUUAUAUUUGAUCUUCACUAGAAUGGAAACUGUUAUUAAAACACUGUCUUAUGGAAACACUGUUAUUAAAACACUGUCUUAUGGAAACAUUAUUCUAAAGAAAACAACACAAUCUUAAGAAGUUGUAUUCAAUUUAAUUCCCUCUAUAUUUAUUUAUUUCAAUUAUAAAUUAUUAUUUUUUAAAAUGCUGACUUUAAAUAAAUUAGUUGUGUAAAACUAAAAUAAUUUCAAAAAUUUUGAAUAAUGGAGCAAUAUUUUAAACACACAUGAUUUAUUUGGAGAUAAAGUUAUUAAAUUUUUAUUGAGCAGAUUAAAUGCUCUUAAUUUUUCAAUAAUUUUCUCCUCCUUACAUCAGCUAAUAUCAACAUGUUCUAUAAAGAUCUGUUCAACUUUUUCAAACUUGCAUUAUUGUUACUGAAUAUCACAGGAUUAGACACAAGAACCUUUCAGCUUUCUACUAGAGCAGUGGUUUCCAACCUGUGCUCCAGGAAACUCCUAUACCUAAAGGGCUAAAUUGAUUUUAAAAAGGGGCUCAGCGAGUCAAAUUUUGGGAACCAAUUCACUAGAGAUAUCAGCGAUAGCACACUGAAUUUUUGUGUGGCCGUAUUUAUUUAUUAUUAAGAUUUAAAAAAAUCAAAAGCCAAUAAUGAUGCUUAAGGUUUUUUUGUUAGAUGUGCUCCAUGUACUUAUUUUAACUAUUUUUCAUUUAUCUGAGGUUUACUUAUCAUAAUGACAAAAAUAUUUUGCAGCUCUAAAACUUGUUUUUUAAACUCUUCACCAGUUAGACAAACAUGUUCCAUAUCAUGCAUUGAUAUUGUGUAUUUGGUAAUUUAUCAAAUGCUCCUCAGAAAUUGUGAAUUUACAUUUUUUAUACUGGUCAGUGCAGUCUGUGAUCCAGCUAAUUUUGACAGUGUUAAACACAAGGAUGUAUUAUAACCAUGGCAUUUGUUAUGGUACUAUAAAAUAAUGGAGUUUUGUGACAGACCAUGUUGUAUGGAGAGCGACAUUCCAUUUAAAAUGUUGUUUUGAGUAGUCGGCAUACUGUCAAUACAAAUGAAAUCAACUUCUCUCAAAUUGUUCCAGAUUGAAUGCUUUAUUUGUGUGUGGUUAACAUAAUAAAAUCCUGAAUACUAAU